GAACGGGUUUCUAAUAUGUUGACGGAACACGAAAAAUUCCUGAAGCUACCAAGAAAGAAACCAAGCAAGACAUCUCAAUCACUUGAAAUUCCGAGUUCGUCAUUAUGCCUAAACAAGUGAUUGUACAGAGUUCUAUCGAGGCAGUCGAAAUAAUCGACACACCAAUUCCCACCCCACAGCAUGAUCAAAUCGUCAUCAAAGUCAUUGUUUCGGGCACCAAUCCAAAAGACUGGAAAUAUCCGGUAUGGACAGGCAACCCCCAGAACAGCGGAGAUGACAUUGCCGGAAUCAUCCAUUCUGUUGGCAAAGACGUCUAUGAGUUCAAGCCUGGUGACCGCGUAGGAGCUCUCCAUGAAUUUUUCACUCCAGAUGGUAGUUUCGCAGAAUACGCGGUUACACGGGACUACGCGACUUUCCACCUUCCGCCUCACGUAUCCUUCGAAGAAGCCGCGACUGUCCCUCUUGCAGCUCUCACUGCUGCCAUUGCCUUAUACGCCGACAUGAAGCUUCCACCACCCUACUAUCCCGUCAAGAGUUUAGCAGAAGGCGGAGAAAGAAUUCCACUUCUCAUCUACGGCGUCACUUCAGCCGUAGGUGCUUUUGCGGCAAAGCUUGCUCGUCUUUCUGGUCUCAGCCCUAUCAUUGGGAUAUCGGGGCGCGCCGGUGAUUAUGCGAAGACUUUGGUGGAUUACGUGGUCGACUAUCGCAACGGUGAAGACGAGCUCGUGGCCGCGGUUGAAGAGGUCCUUGCAAAGGAAGGCCUAGGCAAUAAGAUUCACUACGUCCUUGAUGCAAUUAGCGAGAACGGAUCUUUGGAGGCAACGCUUCGAUUUCUGGCUCCGGAAGGCACUGUCAGUACCGUGUUACCUACCAAGCUUUUUGCUAGGGAUAAGGAGAACUUCAAGUGGCCAUCUAGCACGAAGUCUUUCAACAGCGCUAUUCCACUUGUGUUCUCUACCCACAAAGACUUUGGGUACCUUUGGUCGCGCUACAUCGCUCGAAUGUUGGAAGAUGGGAGAUUGAAGGGACACCCAUAUGAGGUUAUUCCUGGGGGCUUGAACGGUGUCUUGACGGGAUUACAGAAUCUCAAAAAUGGGAAAGCGAGCGCGGUGAAGUAUGUGUACAGGAUUGAAGACACGAAGAAUGUUCCGAAUCAAGGGGUAACAGGCAAACUUGGGACUGAGGAACAGGAAUCAAAAGAUCAACCUGCUGAGAAGGCUCAUCCACUCCGCAAUUUCCCCUUUUCAUCCUAGAGUUAUGCUAUUGCCAACUUUCGGACUUUGGGAUGAUGAUCGAUAAGCUUCUUUCAACUUGAAGGAAUGACUCCAUCGGAUCUUGAUUGGAUGGAGACAGCCGGUGGAUUGAUUUAUUGCAAGGACUGAUGCAAUGCAAAGAAAGCCUUAUCUAUAACCUAUCUGAGCUCCGUGUCGUUGAUUAUAUAUGCCAAAGUCAAUAGCUCGAUCCCCAACAAUUGUG